CUGCAACAUAUUUAUUUAUUCUUAUUCUACAAGUAAUUAUGAGUUCAAUUGCUAAUCCAGUCAAUGUGGACUCUUCAUUACAACAGAAUACAAAACAACAACAACAAUCUAAUACAAGUUCAACAACAACACCUUCAGUCUCGAACGAAAGUCAAAUUCCUACUACAGCAGCAGUGGCAACAGCAGCAGCAGCAGCAGUAGCCGUAGCUUCAGAAUUAACAUCAAAUGAAGAAUCUAUAAGAAAUCAAAAACUUGUAGAAGAAUUUCAAUAUCUUUUAGAAAAGAGUCAAAGCUUAUUUAGUGGAUUAAGAGAUUUACCACCUACAGGAAGUCAUCGUCAAUGGAGACCAUAUUUUGAAAAAACAUUUGAAGUAUAUACAAAGUUAUGGAAGUUUCAACAAACACAUAGAUCAGUUCUUGAGAAUAAGAACAAUUAUGGCUUAAAACGUUGGGAAGUAGGUGAGAUAGCAAGCAAGAUUGGUCAGCUUUAUUAUCAUUAUUAUCUAAGGACAAGUGAAACAAAUUACUUACAUGAAGCUUAUGUAUUUUAUGAAGCAAUUCAUGAAAGGCAAUACUUUAAAGAUAUCUUAGAAGUAAGAAAUGCUGCACUUAUGGUUAAAAAGAUGAGAUAUUAUGCACGUUUUAUCAUUGUUUGUCUCUUGUUGAAUAGAAAUGAAAAUAUACGUCUAUUGAUUUCUGAAUUAGAAGGUUUAAUUGAAGAAUAUACGAAAAGUUAUAAACCUCCUGAUGCAAAGGAAUGGCAAAGGGUCUUGGAUGAGAUAAGUAAUUUUUCUGAAGCAGAAAAGAAACUCAUUCCUAUCAAUCUGGAUCGUACGCCCGACAAGAUCGAUCAUCGAUUGCCCUUUCAUAUUCCAGAAAGAAAUAUGGGUCAUACUAAUAUAGCCAAGUUAAAAUUACAGGAAGCUAUUUUAGUAGGUAAUUACCAAAAGCAAAUCAAAUUUUCUGAACUUACGUUGGAUAUGUAUCGUAUGCUACAAUCAUUGGAAAGAGAGCCUUCAGUUUUGCAUCCAUCUGCAGUUCAAAGCAGUAACAAUACGAAUAUAGAGGAUCAACAACAUGCAAAAAUAAAUAGUUCGAAUACAUUGACAAAACGAAUGAAUCCACAUAAAUAUCUUCUUUAUAGACCUUCAUUAAAUCAAUUACUAGUUUAUAUCUCUACUGCUUUCAAAGACACAAGUGAACAUUCGGCUUUACUUCUUUACGUAUCUGCAGAUGGUUGUGUCUAUCCAGAUCAAGUCAACUCGGGAUAUGGGGGCGGUGUUUUGACAAAUAACCCAAAAGGUAAACAACUUACUAAUACAGAACGUGUAAUGAUGGCAACGACUUCAUCCAUAUAUACAGGUAAUAAUAACAAUGCAGGAACAAUGGUUGGAAAUUCUGUUACAUCCAAUACAGCUGCAGCUUCUUCUUCAGCCUCUGCAGCAGUAUCUACUACUACUGCUACUACCACUGCUACUACCACUACUACUACCACUACCACUACUAAUAAUAAUAAUAAUAAUAAUAAUAAUAUGAAUAAUAAUAAUAAUAACGCAACUAUUACAAAUGCAACUGCAUCCAAUAUAACAGGAAACACACCAACUGAAACACUGCCUCCUUCAGUUCAUUGCUUGCAUCCAGCUGAUUUGAUUCCUUUCUCUCGUAAACCCCUCUUUUUAAUCAUCGAUAGUGAUUAUAGUACACAAUUCAAGACGAUGCCUACUAUUUUUAAUCAGCCACUUAUGUGUUUAAUGUCACCUAUUGAAUACCCAUCCUCUGUUCAGGACAAGACAGAAAUCGGAAGUCUUUUUACUUUGUUUUUGCAUACGCCCUUAUUAGGAUUUUGUUCUAUUUCGGAUAUUGGUAAUUUGGAUCAACAGAAAUGGGACGACUGUGUUAAGAAAUUAGCUACUAUGGAAAAGGCAAUUGGUGAUCUUCUUAUAAACGACGCCAAUGUUGAUGUAAGUGUAAAAAGAUUCAUGUCGGAUGAUUUUCUAUAUUAUUUUAUUGUUCGAUUUGUUCUUUGUGGUAUAUUUUUAAGAUAUCAUUCCUCUUUUAAAGAUGAAAGGUCAUAUCCUUCUUCUUUACCUUCUUUACCAGAAAGCAUUUAUUCAUCACCAGAGAUUGUUACCAUGUUAGGUGACUUGACAAUGAUUGCUGAUGUAGGGACUUAUUUUAGUUUACCUGCUUAUGCAAUGAAUACAACUUCUUCUGUUACUACAAAUACAUCUUCUCUUACUUCGAACAAUACGAAUCCAUCCAUUUCUGGCAGUAACACAACAAUUAUACCUCCUUUGGUAAAUAAUAAUUUACUUGAUGAAAAUUCCACCAAUUAAAUAAAU